GACGAUUUAUAUAAGUUUUUUUGAUCCGUAAAUCGCGGCUGCUGCUGCUCAUAUAUAAAUAGAGACCAUAAACGCUUUUUAGCUGCAUUUUCAUUUUCAACACCAACACUUGUUUCUCUCCCAAAGCUUUCUCCCUUUUCGAUUCCAAGCAAGCAACGAUGAGUGGAGAAACGAAAGAGAAUCAGAAGCUGCAGCAGCGACCUGCUCCUCGUCUUAACGAGAGGAUUCUCUCUUCCUUGUCUAGACGAUCCGUUGCUGCUCAUCCCUGGCACGAUCUUGAGAUUGGUCCUGGAGCUCCACAGAUUUUCAAUGUGGUGGUUGAGAUCACAAAGGGAAGCAAGGUCAAAUAUGAACUUGACAAAAAGACUGGACUCAUCAAGGUUGAUCGUAUUCUCUACUCAUCUGUUGUUUACCCUCACAACUAUGGUUUCGUUCCUCGCACCCUUUGUGAAGACAAUGACCCUAUUGAUGUUUUAGUCAUCAUGCAGGAACCUGUGCUUCCAGGUUGUUUUCUGCGUGCUCGUGCUAUUGGAUUAAUGCCUAUGAUUGACCAGGGUGAGAAAGAUGACAAGAUCAUUGCAGUUUGUGUUGAUGAUCCUGAGUACAAGCAUUACACUGACAUCAAAGAGCUUCCUCCUCACCGUCUCUCUGAGAUUCGUCGUUUCUUUGAAGACUACAAGAAGAAUGAGAACAAGGAAGUUGCAGUUAAUGAUUUUCUCCCAUCUGAGAAAGCUAUUGAAGCUAUCCAGUACUCAAUGGACCUUUAUGCUGAGUACAUUCUCCAUACCCUGCGACGUUGAAGCUUUAUCCUCUCAACAGUUAUGCUACCUCUUGUUACCCUGAGAUGUUGAAGCUUUCUCCUCUCAACAUUUCUGCAACCGUCUUGUUUCUGUUUCUUUCUAUGAUGAUUACUUUCUCUGAAUUUUCUUGUUAAACUUUGAAUUUGUCCUUGUGAACUCAAUAAUAUUUUCUUCUAAA